UUCAUACAGUGGUGGGCCAGGGGGAGAGAUGACUCGCAGAGGUAGAGGACAUGGCAUCAGGUGCCAAAGAAGAUAUGGGGGAGAGCAGCUGUACUGAAAGUGGUGGCAGCCUGAGCCAGUCGCCCCAGGCAGGACUGAUGGAGGUAGCAGAAGACUCCCAGUGCCCCAUCUGCCUGGGGCACAUGGAGAAGCCAGUCUACGUGACCUACUGCAUGCACAAAUUCUGCUGGCAGUGCAUCUGGCAGUGGGUCAGGGGAAGACAAAACUGCCCCGUGUGCAGGCAGCCCAUUGAGAAGCUGCUGUACUCAGUGCGAGGGGACAACGACUACGAGGAGUGCAAUAUCGGCCUGUAUGCCCAACUGCAGAGGAUGAUGGACAUGGAGUGGGGCCUCCAGGAACUCCCUGUAGAAACGCUACAACCAGCAGAGGUGGCCCACGACCGACAACUCUUGGCUGGCAGAAGAGGCCUCCUGGGGACUGAGAGUGCCCAGAGGCAGGAUGCAGCUCCAGGGCCCUCCAACGCUCCUCCCCAGCAGGCUCCCACAUCCAGUGUUUCCCAUGAGACAGCCCCACUGAGGGCAGACGAGUGUCCAGCUGGCCCUGCUGCUCCCCUGGACCCACACAAUGGCACUGAGUAGCUUUGGCCCCACAGCAUCCCCCUUCUCCUGCACCCAAUAAACAGCAUAGUUCUUUCCAGCA